AUGUGCGAGAUGCUUAUGGACCACGGCGCUAGAGUUGAUGGACAGUCGCUGGAAAACUAUUAUACAUCACAGUUAUACCAGAAGGUGAAGCAUGGAGAGAUUGGUAAAGCCUCUCUGCUCUCUAUUCUCGUAUCCGCCACCCGUGAACAAAGCCAGGGUAGAGGUGACGGGUUCGUCCAGUAUCUCUUGGAUCUGGAUGUAAACCAUCAGCGCGGCACUGUUGGGUGCCCACCAAUUAAUAUGAUAAUGUUGAUUGAACCGACGGAAGGCGUUUAUGAUUAUAUCCUAUAUACAUCUCCCUUGAAAGAAGCGAUCAACUUACAGAGUAUUACACUCACAGGAAUGUUCGUUGAACAUGGUACUCCUGUCACUGAUUAUGAACAUUUCCCCAACUCCUUCGCGAGUGCUAUAAACUUUAAUACUGCCAACCUCCUCUUCCAGCGCUUCUUAAAUACUGGACUUGAUCCACGAGCCAAGGUCCUUCUGAGCAAAGAUACCGAGGAUUCUUACUUCUAUCAUCAGCAUGGUAUCAUCGAAGGCUAUGCUUAUGAAUCUGUGCUUGAACCUGCCGCUGGAUUUGGGGAUGGCUUGAGUCUCGCAACGCUCCUUCGAGCCGCAACGUGGACCGUCACAGAGAAGGGACGAGCCCUCGCCGCAGACGUGAAUGUCGAGACCACUUUGUAUGGUUAUUAUACCACACUGAGUGCGGCUACACCGCUCGUCCUUGCGGUCGAACAGCAGGAUAUUUCAUUGAUAAGGCGUUUACUAAAUGCUGGCGCAGAUUCCAGAUAUCCCCCGGCCUUCGUAUCCGCUGCUUCUACAGAAAACAAGCAGAUCAUGAAGAUUAUACUAGAGGCGGAGGCAAAUAUCAGUUCUCUUUCCUCAGAAUCCUGUGGAAUAACUGCGUUUUAG